AUGCUGGUGGACCAUAUCUCCGUACCUUUAGGGCCUCCUGCUGCUCCAAGUGCCUCCACAGUUCACCCUAGGACUGCAAGUCUGUCUCUCCCCCAGGACCCCCGCUAUAACGACGAGGUGGACAGGAUCACGGGCUACCGGACGGACACCCUCCUCUGCAUGCCCGUCAGGAACUACUACGGCGAGAUCAUUGCCGUCGCCCAGGUGGUCAACAAAUGCCCGGAUGAGAUGGACGGGAACUUCACUUACUUCAUGCCUAAGGAUGAGAGGAUAUUCGAGACGUACCUGCAGUUCGUCGGAAUCGCCAUCACCAACGCCCAGCUGAUGGAGGUGUCGCAGAGCGAGUACGAGAGAAACAGGAGUCUGCUGGAGGUCGUCCACGACUUAUUCGAGGAACAGACGUCGCUGGAAAACGUCAUCCUCAAGACUCUCCAGCGAGCACAGAGGCUCCUCAAGUGCGAACGCGCCGCCGUGCUGCUCCUCGAAGACGGUUCUGAGGAGGACCAGGGCGGCCCGCGAGCCACCCCUGUCAGGCACAAGGUGGUGGUGCGGGGCCAGGCGCCGCCGCCGCCGCCGCAUUCGCAGAGGCGUUUCUCGCGGACCUCGCUUACUAGACACUCCUCCAGGGCCAAUAACAAGGCGCGGAGUUUGCCGUCGCGAGCCAUCGAGACCUCUACUCCCCACGCCACACCUCCAACAACUCCACCUGUUCCUUCACCUUCACCUCAGGACACUGUGACACCCAACACGGCAGCUGCAGGCAAGGUGACAACACGGCAGCACGGCCGGAGCGCCUCAGGGUUGCUGCCACGCCUCUAUGAUAUCAAGAAACAGAGCGUGAAAUUCUCAAAGAUCUUCGAACUGAACUCACCCGUUUCUGGCCAGCAGUCCAACAACGCCAAGGAAGUGGGAUCGAGUGAGCUGACGAAGCACCUCCUCCACCUGGCGGAGCAAGUCGCGUCCUCGGGGGAGAACCUCAACAUCGCUGACACCAUUGAGGUCGAGAAAGGCAGCGGCGGCAAUGUGAGAUCUAUGCUUGCGAUGCCCAUUCGGAACAGGAACUUCCAGAUUAUAGGUGUAGCGAAGAUCAUUAACAAGCUGAAUGGACAGCCCUUUGAUGACAACGACGAACAGCUCUUUGAGGCUUUCACUAUCUUCUGUGGACUGGGCAUUAAUAAUACCCUCAUGUACAACGAACUGGAGAAAGCUAUGGCGAGGCAGAAAGUUGCUAUCGAGGUCUUGUCUUACCACGCCACCGCAUCAGCUGAGGAUGUGGAGUCACUACAGCGAGAGGUGGUGCCCGAGGCGUCGACGUGGAGCCUUGGGAGCCUUACCUUCGACGACUUCUCCCUCACGCAGGACCAGAUGCUGCUCGCCGCCAUGAGGAUGUUCAUGGACCUUCGCCUCGUCCACAGAUUCAAGAUCGAGUCAAAGGUCAGUUUUAGUAUAGUUCAGACUGAGUACAUGAUCCCUCGUCCACAGAUCGAGUUCAAGAGUCAAUAUCGAGUCCAAGGUGAGGGACAGACCCUACUUCGAUGGCUGAUCACCGUGAAGAGGAAUUACAGGAACGUCCCUUAUCACAACUGGAGACACGCCUUCAACGUCGCCCACAACAUGUUCUGCCUUCUGAAGACCUGUGGGCUACAGUCGACGUUCGAGGACAUCGAGUGGCUUGGCAUGUUCGUGGGCUGCCUGUGCCACGACCUGGACCACAGGGGCACCAACAACUCCUUCCAAGAAAAUUCGGGCCUACUUCGCAGCUCUCUGUGGGGUCGAGAGCGUCGCUUGGACACCAGGACUGAGAGCUCGCUUCUUGGGGCAUCCUUUCGCACGCACCUAUUAGGUUUUGAGCGCGUAGUUGAGGCAAAAAAGCACACAAACGGUGCACACCACAACAAACUCAUCGCUGUCAUGAUCCUUAAUUCCGAGGGACACAACAUCUUCAGCAACCUGUCGUCGUCUCAGUAUUCCCGUGUCAUGAAUGUCCUCAAGCUCUCCAUCUUGGCCACUGACCUCUCUAUCUACUUCCAAGUGAGGUCAAAGUUCUUCCCCCUUGUUGCCAACGGAGAGUUCGAUACUGACCAGAAGGAACAUCGUGACAUCCUGAGGUCGCUCCUUAUGACAGCGUGUGACAUCGCGGCUUCAACCAAACCCUGGGACACCCAACUCAAAGUGGCCAAGCUCGUGACGUCAGAGUUCUUUGACCAAGGCGACCUCGAGAAGAGCAAGCUGAAGAUCACGCCCCCCGCGCUCAUGGACAGGGACCGCAAACACGAACUUCCUCUCCUGCAGAUGCGUUGGAUUAAAGACAUCUGCUUGCCACUCUUCGAUGGACUGGCGCAAGUGAACCCCAAGAUGGCACCCAUGCGAGACGGCGCCCUGAGGAACAUGACACGCUGGGCCAAGCUCGCCGCGUCCCAGGAGAACGGCCUCUCCGACCUUCAGGAGCCCCCCGACAUUCCCCGGGUUCCUGAUGGAUAGUCUACGUUGAGCUGCUGGAGGAACCAGGUGUGCGGCCUCCUGUGAAUCGCCUCUGCUGAUGCUGCUGGGGACGGAGAGGGAGAGACUCUGCGGGAGGGAAAGACGGGGUGAUUUAUUAAGCAAUUUGUUUUUCUAUUCAUUUAUUUGUUUGUUUGUUUGAUCGAGUUGUCUUGCCUUGUGGUCGGAUCUUGGAGGGAUGCGGAGAGGCUGUUCUUGUUCUCUCGACUCGAAUGGGUGUCUUUGCCAUCCCGAUAACAAAUGGAUGAAUAAAUAGAUAAAUCAAUAAUUAAAUAGGUAAAUCAACUGUCAAAAUUCGAGCGAAAUUUCUUGAUUUUAACUUUUUUUAAUCGUAGAUGUAUAACUUGAAAACAUUAAUUAUUUGCAUACGCAAAAGAUCUGAAGAAAAAGGAGAGAGAGACACAGUCAUUAUCCCAAGAGUCCUCGAUCAACGGAAAAUAAGAAAUAAAAAUGAUAAGAUAAGAAAACAAGAAAAAAAAAGAAAGACGAGAAAAACAUUAAUAAUAACAUAAAAGGUAACAAAAGAAAAACGAGAAAUUUCUCCCUCAAGGUAGUCUCAGAGUUGCAAAGCAGAGGUCACAGGUAGACCCAUUUCCUUGGUUCCUCCGCAACUUUUGACUCCCGAGGUCAGAGGUCGUGAGGAUGACCUGUCGCCGCGGGCAGUCAAGGGUUGGAGGCAAAGCUCAGAACAUGGAACUAGUGCUAAGUACAUGACAUGACAAACUGUAUAAAAACUCCUGGAUCCGGGCACGACGAAGAGGAUAUGCCCGAAGGAAGAGGAGAUGUAAUGUGGAGUCGAUGUGGAUCCUCCACUUGGAACUGAACCUGGUGCCGAUACUCUUCUUUAACUUUCAUUUAUAGUUUGCAGUUUUGGUUAACGUCAUUGUUGGUUUGGAUUACCUUUCCUGGUGUUGUUGUUGUUUUCUC